AGCAAACCAAAAUCUCUCUCCCAGCCCUGUUUGUGCCUGGCUGAGCCUCUGAGGGUGACCAAGCAAAAUGCUCCUCCGGUGAAGGCAAGGCACGGGACUCUGGGCAGAUGCAGAAAGCAGCACGGCCGUUUUCUCUCUGCCUGCAGAACAGGACUGCAUUGAGUUCUCAUUUAGCUCACAGGAAAGAGAGGAGCUGCCAGCCCUGACUUUGCUUUGACCUCCUGGAUGGAGUGAAGAGAAACAGCUCAGUGGCCAGGAGCAACUAAACACUGAGGCAGAAGAGAUAUUGCUCACAAGCAGGUGGCAGGACCAUGGGCGACACGCAGAAGGGCCAGCUUCGUCAGGGAGGUCCUGCGAGAGCUGAACUGCACCCGUUCCCCUCCAGAAGGCUCACAGGAGAUACCCUCCAGGAUGCUGAUGAAAGACAAGGCUGCAAGCAGGAGCUGGAGACGGAAAACAAGGUGGAGCCGUCUUUUGGAAAGAGACAGGGAGCGGUAACUCCCUGUGUGAUGGCAGUGUGGGAGUGCGAGGAUGGUGGUGGCCCCCCCAUCAGUAAGGUUGUCCUUGCUGGGGACAAGUCAGUCUCCCCCGUGUGUGGGAACAUCUGGAUUCAGCAGGUGGGGGAGAAAACCUACGAGUGUCCCGAGUGUGGGAAAAGCUUCAGCCGGAGCUCAUACCUGAGCCAGCACCAGAGGAUCCACCUGACAGAGAAACCCUUCAGCUGCUCCGAAUGUGGGAAGAGUUUCACCCGCAACUCGGAUCUGAUCAAACACCAGCGGAUCCACACCGGCGAGAAGCCCUACCAGUGCAACGAGUGUGAGAAGACCUUCAGCCAGAGGUCCAAUGUGAUCAGGCACCAGCGAACCCACACAGGAGAGAGACACUACCAGUGCAAUGAGUGCGGGAAGAGCUUCAGCCAGAACUCCCAUCUCAUCGUCCAUCAGAGAAGCCACAAGGGUGAGAAGCCAUUUAAUUGCCCCCGGUGUGAGAAAAGCUUCAGCGACCGCUCCUCCCUGAUCAUACACCGGAGGGUCCACACCGGAGAGAAGCCCCACAAGUGCCAGGAGUGUGGGAAGCGUUUCCGGGACAGCUCGGCCAUCAUUCGGCAUCAGAGGAUCCACACUGGAGAGAAACCCUACGAGUGCACCGAGUGCGGCAAAACCUUCCGCCAGAGCUCCUCGCUGGUGACCCACAUGCGAACACACACAGGCGAGAAACCCUACAAAUGCCCCGUGUGUGGGAAGAGCUUCAGCCAGAGCUCAGCACUCACCACCCAUCGCCGCAUCCACGGGGGAAAGGCCUUGCCCGUGUACCACGGCAGCCUCUUGCCCAGCCCCUACCAGUGCGCCGAGUGCGGCAGGAGGUGCAGCGACCACCCCACUCUCGUCAAGCACCAGACCACGCACGCGGAGGAGCGGCCCUACAUCUGCGUGGAGUGCGGGGACAGCUUCCGACGGAGCUCGGCGCUCAAUGUCCACCUGAGGAUCCACCGUGGGGAGAGACCCUACAAGUGCGAGGAAUGUGGGAAAACCUUCCGGCAUAGCUCAGCCCUUGGUGCACACCUGAGAAUCCACGCAGGAGCCAAGCCCUACGAGUGUGGUGAGUGUGGGAAAAGCUUCCGGAAAAGUUCAACGCUUAAAGUGCAUUUGAAAAUCCACGUGGCCAAGAAGCCUUAUAAAUGUACGCUGGGUAGGAGAGCUCUCUCUUCCCGCUCUCUUCUCCCGUAGGGUUGGAGCGGCUGGUUGGAGCGGGAACCAAAAGCAGUAUUUGGUUGUGUCUGCGGGCACAUGGACAAUGUGGGUGCUGAGAACCACAGUGGGAAAAGACUAACUGGGGACUAACUGCAGCGGUGGUAUCUGGACUAGGUGCUUAAUCCCAGUGGUACAAAAACCAUUAGGAGAUUGGGAGGUCGGAGAGUUAGUCGUAAAAGCUGCAUAUUGGUGAUCUAGGAAGAGUACUGAGAGCCUGAGGAAGGGGGAUCAAGUUCUGGGUAAUUUGGUGACUAUGAAUAUGUGGUAGAUUACAAAUGGAAGAAUCAGGCUUUUAAAAGAACUUUUCAACUAAAUAAAAAAAAUUAAAAGUUCCAAGUUGGCUCUGAUUCAAAACUUUGGCUUGUUAGGUACUGCAGUAGUCCUAGAAACACUCUUAUUUUCCAUGACUGUAGUGAAGUUUACUCAGUGUUUGACAAGUCACUUUGAAUUCUUGGAGUCUGAGACUUAGGACCUGAACCUCAACCUGUUUGUCUUUCCUUCCUCUUUUCCAAAUCUUACAUGGGACAAUGAAUUCCUACCUCCAUGUGCAAAGUCUGCUUGACGUAACACCUGAGCAAAGCAAAAGCGAUGCGGCUGCUCCCAGAAAACGUGGAUGUGCAAACAUUUGCAGUUGGAACACUGCCUGUUGCUAGUCUUUGGCAGCUUCCCCAAAAUGUGUCCUCUGGUUUGAUACAUCUUCUGACUAGGGACAGCAACAAAACCUGGGCAAAAACGUGGCCUUACCUUAUUUAACCAAAAAAGUAUUCCUCCUAGAUGUCUGAGUUGUAUCCAGUGUACAUGAUGGGUUCCUACUGGCAGUCCAGAGACUGUUUGCAAUUUUUGUAGUUGUUUUUAUGCUGGAGAACUCGUUACCUCCUUGUUUAUAAAGUAUUUACAUGUAAAGCUCAGUGUGAACCGUUAGGAAUUACCAGAUUUACAUUUAUUAGUACGUUAAUGAUUGUACAUUACAUAAACCUGCUUUAUAUUGCCGUGUUUUAUUACGAAGUGCGUGCUUCCCUCCUUAAAUAAACCCCCUUUUAUUCUU